AAGACAUGUACCUCUCUCCAAUUCAAGCUUUUACAUAGCGGCAGAGAUUUAAUUUUAAAAUCUGUGUUUACUUAGUCACUAAUCUAACAUCCACUAUGAAGAUCACUCUUUUGCUUUUUGCAAUUCUUGUUGCAUCACUAGCGGGACUUGUACCUGCUCGUGACAUUCCCGUCAAUCCCAAAGAUCCAUCUCUAGAAUAUGAAAUUAUUAACCCCCAAUCUGUACCACAACCAAAGAAACCUAUCAUCGGAGACUCGACUCAAUCAAAUCAAAACAAAACUUUUACUUAUGAUCCAAUAACUAAACAAUGGGCAGUUAUCAAGCCAUCAGAUGAAAUUACCGAAGGAACAUUAAUUUGGAACCAAAACAACGACAAGUGGCUAACACAAUCUUUUAUACCAUAAAAAGUGAUUUUAAUUUUUUUUUUAUUAAAA